AUGGUUGAACUUGAAAUUAUCCAAGCCCAACACGUCGACAAAUCUUCUCUGCCUUUUAGCUUCCCACUACAGCCAUUCUCAACAUAUUUCACCUUGGGAUACCUUUGCAUCAUCGCCUUCUUCAAUGGAUUAGAUUAUACUGCUGGUGGAUGGAGCACGCCUGGCUUUAUCACGUUCUACACUGGCUUCCCUCUUCUAUUCGGAUUUAUUUUGCUUUGGAAGCUCUUCAAGAAAACACAAUGGAUCCGAUCAGAAGACGCAGAUCUUUUCAGCGGUAAGGCCGAACUUGAUGCAGUCGAAUGA